UACACAAUGUGCUGCAGAAACGGUAAAAUCAAAUUGCCACAACAUUACUUUACGUUUCCGAGCGCGCCGCCGUUCCUCAUUGGCUUAUUGACCGAAGAUACAGACCGUGCCGUCAAAUUCCGCAACAACAUUAGGAACUACAACAAUGCUCUAAGCUUCACGUCUCUAGGAUGUAAAAUCGAUCGUAGUGUCGACGGACCAUUCGGAAUCCGUUGUUUCAAAAUAUUCGGACAAUUGGUCCACAACAUGGGGAGCAUUCUCCCGCGAAAUAACGAGGCACCGGCAUUUGCACAAAUCUAUCUUAUGGGCCAGGACACCAACGAUGAAGCCGAUCAUCGGGUUUUUAUGUCUCAAUCAGAUAUUGACCCGAGUAUCAUAAAGCAAUUUUUGGAUUUCUUUUACGUUUCUAAUCUGUACGCUAUCCAAUUUAAAAUGGCAUAUCAAAUAUCACUUCAAUACGAAAGUAUCUCCUUUCGAAUCAAAUCUAUACCACCACCGCCUCCUGGACAAUUCAGCCACAAUGUGAGAACGUAUGUGUGGCCUGCAGCUUCUGAAGUGGCCAUGGUGGUUGGGGGCGGAGGGGAUAUAGGUGAGAACAAUAGAGACAUAAUCUUACACAGCGUCGACGGGGGUUUCAAACGGGUUUCGGAGCGUCACACGGGCUACUUACCAUUACGGUAUCCAGUACUCUUC